CGGGCGGAGGCGUCAGUCCACGGUGGAGACGCGGAGCGCCGCUCUGCUUGGCUGGGCCCGGCCUGGCCUUUUCUCGCGCACUCCCGCAGCCCGACCCGGCUGACUCGGGGCCACCCGGACAGCUCUCGGCACCGCCAGCGGCUCCCGAGCACGGCCUGCGGCCGCUUUCCGUCGGCGAGGAGCCGCGGCAAGGCGAAGGCUGCGGCGGCGGGGGGAGCAGCCAUGUUGGAGCGGGGAAUAAAGUGACUUUCCUUGGGAGGGAGCGCGGCCGGCGGCCCGGCGGAGGCUCUAGGGGCAGCGAGGGAAAGGGGGGUUCGGUUCCCGGCGGCCGGAUACCGCUCCUGGGCGGAGGAGGAGGAGGGGAAGAGAAGGGGGAGAGGAACCGCCCCCGGACCCACGGAGCUCCGGCGCUGCUGGCUUCCUUAAGCCAGACUUCAUAUUGAUAGAAUGAAAAAAUUUAAGAGGAGACUUUCCUUAACCUUGCGUGGAAGCCAGACCAUUGAUGAAUCUCUGUCUGAGCUAGCAGAACAAAUGACAAUUGAAGAAAACAGCAGCAAAGAUAACGAGCCUAUUGUGAAGAAUGGCAGGCCUCCAACGUCUCACAGCAUGCACUCCUUUCUUCACCAAUAUACAGGAUCUUUCAAGAAGCCCCCUUUACGGAGACCACAUAGCGUCAUAGGGGGCAGCCUCGGCUCCUUCAUGGCAAUGCCCAGAAAUGGGAGCAGAUUAGAUAUUGUUCAUGAAAAUCUGAAAAUGGGGUCAGAUGGUGAAAGUGACCAAGCUUCUGGAACGUCAUCCGAUGAAGUUCAGUCUCCCACUGGUGUUUGUCUCAGAAACCGGAUACACAGACGAAUCUCAAUGGAGGAUUUGAACAAGCGCUUGUCCCUGCCUGCUGACAUCAGGAUACCAGAUGGCUAUCUUGAAAAGCUGCAGAUUAACAGCCCACCAUUUGAUCAGCCGAUGAGUCGACGUUCUCGUAGAGCAUCACUAUCAGAAAUUGGAUUUGGAAAAAUGGAAACCUAUAUCAAGUUAGAAAAGCUUGGAGAGGGUACUUAUGCAACAGUUUAUAAGGGGAGAAGUAAAUUGACAGAGAACCUGGUAGCUCUGAAAGAAAUCCGCCUGGAACAUGAAGAAGGAGCACCAUGUACAGCUAUAAGAGAAGUGUCAUUAUUAAAAGAUCUGAAGCAUGCAAAUAUUGUUACAUUACACGAUAUUGUCCACACAGACAAGUCUUUGACUCUUGUUUUUGAAUAUCUGGACAAGGAUCUGAAGCAGUACAUGGAUGACUGUGGUAACAUCAUGAGUAUGCACAAUGUAAAGCUAUUUUUAUACCAGAUUCUUCGUGGUUUGGCAUACUGUCAUAGAAGAAAGGUAUUACAUCGAGAUCUGAAGCCACAAAAUCUACUCAUUAAUGAGAAAGGAGAACUGAAGCUUGCAGACUUUGGAUUGGCUAGAGCAAAGUCUGUUCCUACGAAGACCUAUUCCAAUGAAGUUGUCACAUUAUGGUACAGACCACCUGAUGUUCUCCUUGGAUCUUCAGAGUAUUCAACUCAAAUUGACAUGUGGGGCGUCGGAUGCAUAUUUUUUGAAAUGGCAUCAGGAAGGCCUCUUUUUCCUGGUUCGACUGUUGAAGAUGAACUGCAUUUAAUUUUCAGACUUCUGGGAACGCCAUGUCAAGAAACAUGGCCAGGCAUUUCUUCCACUGAUGAAUUUAGAAACUACAACUUUCCUAAAUAUAAACCACAACCCCUUAUCAACCAUGCACCAAGGCUAGACACAGAAGGCAUUGAAUUGAUAGCAAAGUUCCUUCAAUAUGAAUCAAAAAAGAGAAUUUCAGCAGAGGAGGCCAUGAAACAUGCAUAUUUCAGAAGUCUUGGAACAAGAAUACACACUUUGCCUGAAAGUGUUUCAAUAUUCAGUCUAAAAGAGAUUCAGCUGCAAAAAGACCCUGGCUUUCGAAAUUCCGCUUACCCAGAGACAGGACAUGGGAAGAACAGAAGGCAGAGCAUGCUUUUUUAAAGUGGGUUACGCAGAGUCAAGCCCAAGCCUAUCCCAUCAGUCAAGGACUCGGAUCUGAAGGCAGUGCUCUCUGUUGGUGGACUUGAAAUCGCAGUUUGUCUACACUGUCCUCUUCACAGUGGAGUCUUUUUAUUUCCAACCUGCAGAUUAUGUUUUUAUAUUUGUUGUCACAGUGUGACAAAUUUUUGUACAGUUGGUUUUAAGGUCUCCUCUGCCACUAGAGCCAGUAGGUUACAGCUGUUGAUGUAACUGUAGCUGCAAUUUUUGUGCAGGACUGAGAAACACAGUGCAUUAUUUAUUGCGGAAUCAUUGCUGCUAAAUAACUACUGUCUGUAUAGUUAACACAACAGUUCCAUGCCUGAAGAAGUUGCAAUGGCUUUAUAAUAUGUGAAUGCAUCUGUUUCUCUUCAUAAAAUGUUCUACUGCUGCGGGGUUUUUUUGUAUUUCUUAAACUGCAGUGUUUCCUGGAAUGUAAACAUAGCUUUGCUUGGCUAUAAGUGAACCAUCUUUAAUGCUCUAAGUUCAUGGCACUUAAUUCCUUAUUUAACAUUGGAAGUUAUGUGUUGAAAAAGUUGAAAAAUUAUAAUGCAUAUUAUGGUUUUUUGAAAAGCACAUGGUGUGAAAGUUGAUUCAAACAAGUGAACAGAAACCAUUAUUUGCUCUCAGAUCCUAUAUUAGUUAUUGGUAAACUAGAGCAUGGAGACUGGAUCAUAAAUUUUGUCAGGCUUGCUCCAGCGUAAGAUAUUUGCACAUUGUUGUGCACAUGGGGCCUGCAGAAGCAAUGACUUUUUUACCUUGUUUUUAACUUAGAAAUACAAAUAGUAAAACAAUGAUUCAUAUAUGUUGGUCCCUGGCUUACUUUUGGAGUUUAGAAUUUUGUUACAGAGGAACAGGACAACUAAUUACAAGAAUAUGGGAAAUAAUGUCACACUUUUCCCACCUUGUUGCUCUCCCAUUUGUGCGUUAUUCACUUGAAAUCAACUGGAAAGAUGCAAGUUUGUACUUGAUAAAAACUCACUAUAUUACAGAGCUUUUACAAUGGGAACUUAGAGAGUUUUUCAGAUCUUAGAUGUUAUCUGUUUACCAGAGAUAGUAAACAUGUUACUACUAUGCUUAUGCAUCUCAGUGAGUAUCAUAAGUACACCCUUGGUGAUGGUUACAGUAUUUUUAAGCAUUUGUGUUCACCUUUAUGAACCUAUUUGUUCAGUGCAUCUUAAAGAGACUGUAAAUCUUUAUUGGUAUAUUUUGAAAUGGUCAUGUAAAUCUUUGGCUGGUAUAUCAAGAAAAUAGUCAUAGGUAACUUAAUUUUUUCCUGACAUUCACUGUAAAACGUUCAGGGGUCCUAUCAUUUCUGUUCAGGAAAUCUUGUAGUUUAUUGUUAUUUAACAGUAUUAAGUGAAUUUUUGUAUAUUUCAUUUUAACUUUAUUUGUGAAUAGUGAUUGUGGCAUGUUUGGGGGUGUUUUAUUAAUAUUUCAUUGAAACUGGUAAAUUUGAAUUGGGAUUUUUUUUUUAUUAUUAUUAUUAUUUUCUGGAAGAGAGAAAUUCAUGUGUAAUGGUGACUAUUGGACCACUACUGCUUUUCAGCAUUUGUAAACUGGUUUUACGUUAAAUCUUGUAGACCUAACAAACUGCUGUUAUUUCUAACUGACCGACCUGUAUUAAUAUUGUACUUUUGAAAGUAUAAAUAUUAUGUGGAAUUCUUUGGUUUUGUUUUGAAAUUUAUAACAACAAAGGCCCUAUGCUGUUAAAAAUACAGACUAAGUGAACUUGCGGUUCUUGGGCCGUUGUUGGAAACGUUUAGCUAGGUCUGUGUGUUGUGGGAGUCACCAGUUUCAACUUUGGCUGCUUAUUAAUCCAUGUAGUGCAGAGGGUAGUGGCAGUGGAAAGUAAUGUGGCUUAUCCAUGACUGAGGCCAUUCAGGAUCUUAGCAUCAGCAUGGUCCACAGCUUAACCAUUGGCAUGUGAGUCCUGCAUGUCACACAAUACCAGAAGUCUUGCCAAGGUCCAGGAGCGUGAUACAAGUGUGGGUCUCCCACUGAUUCCAGUGGGAUCGUUCUGUGUGUAUCAGAGGCAGAUUUGGCACUGAUGAAAAACCUUUGUCCUGAAAUAGUUGUUAUAUAUUUUUUUAUAGCUGCUAUGGAUCUGAUCUAGAUUUUAUACUGAUUAACUUUGUAGGUGUGGUGGUGUUGAAAGAAGUAUCAGAAAAACCUCUUUUUUUACAGAAGUAGUGAAGAUAUGGAGUACAUGUUCACUGUGGAUAAAUGUGAGGUUUAGCAUUUCUAGAACAGUAAUAUUUUAUAGGUCAUAAAAGAACAAGUAAUAAUGUAACACGAAUGAGUAAAGGACUUAAAGGUUUAACUGCUCAAAUGAAGUGCAUUAAUAUAUUUAGAAAACCAUCAGGUGCAGCUGACAGAAGGAUGUUUCCAUAAGAACUUGGCAUCCAUGGUCAAGUCAGUUUCUUUUGGUUUGUUUAAUUGUCUAUAAUUGAAAUUCCUGCAUCAGCAUAGACAGUUCUGUGACAGCUGCCUGUUUGGGGCGAUAGUCAGUGAGUCUGAAAUUGCUGGGCAUUUCUCUUGACAUCCUUCUCAUGCGAUUCAGUGUUCUGCCUCCUGUCUGACAGCAUCAGGCGCUGCAAACUUGGUGUCACUGUCCCCAGGAACUGUAGGGAGUGUUGGCCUUUUGGAGAAGACCUCAACCGUGACAAAACCAAGCAGAUAGUGGCAGAAAAUGAAUGACUUCUGAGAUUUGGUAUGACAACCUUUGCUUGAAGAUGAGUGAUCGGUUAAUGAGGUGCCCUGUAAGUUGUUGCUGAUUUAAGUAGGUAUUUUUCUAAGAUACCUGGUGUAUUCCUUCUACCCCAGGGUUGGAAUGCCAAGGUGCAUGGAUAGGUUUGUGUACGAACAAGGGGGGCUUGAAGACAGGAAGGAGGCAGGUGGUGAUGAGGUUGCAUGCACAUGCAGGGGAAGGUUGAAGGGGAGAGAGGUUGGGAUAGGGCAGAGUGGGAGAUGGAAGGGGCAAACCAGCUGCUCAGCAGUACUCUAGUGGAACAUGCAUCUCAACACAGCUGUGUUAUUUUUGUGCUGCUUUACCACAGCAUUAAGUAGCCGGAGUGUAUCCCUGAAUUGGGCAAUAAAAGUUAAAAUAAACAGUUGUUGAAGAACC